UGAGUUUACCCAUGGCCUCAAUCCUAAUAACCAUUUUUCUAAUGGCCUUAGAGAGAUAAUUGUACACCAUUAUUGGGAUGGUGCAUCGCAUAAUACAAGCUUAUCUCCUAGGAUAUUUAGGGCUAACCUCCAAGAGAAUACUAUAAAGAGAGAGAGGAUCCCCUCUUUAUCUCUCUACCAUCUAACCACUAUUCCAGAUGAAAUAAGGCAGGUUCAAGAGGACAUAAAGGAUGUCAAAAAACCGUGGACCCGAUUGGAGUUUAAUCCCAACAUCUAUGUCAUACUUAAAGGAACACCUAUCCCCGGUUACUCAAUAAGCAUACUGGACCUCGUAUCUAUUCCAAAGAGAUUUGUGGCAACCAAUAACCUAGGAGAUCAUAAGGGGCUAUACCCUAAUGGUCCAUGUCCUCCUGUUUCUAGACGAAUGGAAUAA